AUGAGGUGUUCGGUGUCAAGAGCAGCGUUUCUCUUUCAAAUUUGGUAUCUUUGCAGUUCGGGACUUUGUCGUACGGUGGCAGCAGAGCUCCAGUUAAUUCGACACCGGAAUGUGGAGCAGAACAACAAUGAGCCAAGUUGGGGAUCCUGGAUUUCCGGUUGGACGAAUCGCAUUGGCAGACGGUUGACUGGCGACGACGCCAGUGAUUAUCAACCCCGAGAAGGACGGUACACCGAUACGGGCGCCGAAGUCUUCAUGAUUAGCUUUUCUGACGAAGAGGUAGAACUUGCCAAGAGCGGGUCUAUGGAAGUACUGAACAACUUAACGAUCACUCGAGUCACAGAGAUGAAUGGAGUCAACGGCAACCCACGCAAUCGGUACAUCUGGUCCAUGGCAUUGGAUGACAACGACGACCUGUACGUGGGCAUUCUCAAUCAAAACUUCGUUCCCGGCAACAUCACCGGUCUCCUUUGGUCCAUUGUGAAGGCACCUUGGAGGAAGAAGUUUGAUGCUCUGGUGGAUACAUUGUUGCGACAGUGGUCGGGGACACCCGUCUUUGAGAAUCAGGGAGCACAAAUCUACUACAAACCCCAGGAUAGUCCCUCGUUUCAGUUACAGCUUGAGACGUCACCGGAUCACUUGGGAUUCCGGAAGAUGGUCAAUUACCAUGGAAACAUCUAUGCGGGAAGUACCAAUGGUCCCGAUGGCCCCUAUGACGGGGCUCCUUAUGACUUCUCCUUCUAUGAGCAAGGCACAGGGGCUCAGAUCUUUACCAACGCUGGCAACGGCUCAUUUGCACCAUUGGAUGACGAAGGUAACCUUGACUCUUAUGACAAGUCGAUUCGAAGCAUGGUGGUGUCCAGCUACAGCGAUCGUUUGUUUAUUGGCACAGAAACCUACGAGUGUGCCAAGGUUCUCAUCUACACGGACGCCCGCCCCGUAGAUGGCAGCAGCCAGUGGAAGAAAAUUGAAAUGGAGGGGGAUGACUGUACUCAUUCCGUUUCUGGGUUUUAUGAUAUGGGUGGAGGAAAGAUCCUGUUUGGUACCUGGGAAACGUGGGGAUACGGUGUCUUCCUGCUUGAUGAAACCAACAAUGACACUCUCACCAGACUCAAUACUCCAACAUAUUUUCAGCAUAUUCCUUGCGGAGUGAUGGAGAUCAGAGUCUUCAAAGGACAGCUCUACAUUGGAAUUCUUAGUUUCAUCAGAGGUUUUGCUUUGAUCAGGACACCCAAAUUCGACGAUCUCUUGAAUCUGAACCGAGGGGAUUGGCAGUUGAUCACUGGGAAUGGUUUUGCCAGAGAACAACGACAACAAAUGGGUGGGAACAUGGCAGGGAAUGAGUAUCCUUGGACCUCGGCUGAAAUCAACGGCAUUUACUUUGUCGGCACCGUGUCCUUGACCCCUCGAGGAUUCUCGUGGACAACUGGUCUUGCAAAGCUAGACCAAGCCCAACUUUGGGCUUCAGUCGACGGGAACACCUGGCAAGUGGUGGAGUCGGAGUUGUUCGACGCAUCGCGGUUUAUGUACGGUUUUCGAACGAUGCAGGUGACAAAGGACCAAAAGAAGCUUUACAUAGGGUCGGCUGUCAACAUGUAUCUUCCCGACGAACGAUAG